AAACAGAGAAAAUUAAUCAUCCAAACCGUGAAGUGUGUGUGUGUGUGUGUGUUAGACAUCAUGUCAGAUCCUGACGGUAAAGAGGAGGCUUCAGGAGCAGAAACACAGGCUGAGUCACUGAAGAUGAGCGGACAGUCUCAGGUCUACACUGCAACCAGAGACACACUUUUCCCAAAGAAUAAGACGAUAACUCAAACUAGGACACACUCACUGUCACUGGAUUGGGUAUUUGGGAUGAAUCCUUCACUUCCUGCCUUCAGUCUGCAAGACCACGAUCAGCUGGCGGUCCUCUACGCUGGAGCUCAUGUUGGGAUCAUUUACAAUCACACCUCCAACUCCCAGCACAUACUUCAGGGUCACCUCAGUCCCAUCUCAUGUAUGUGUGUGAGUGAAGACAGACGCUGGAUUGCAACAGCAGACCUGGGCCCCAAAAGCACCUUGAUAAUAUGGGACUCCUACUCUGGCAGUAUCGUGACUGGUGACACUCAAGGCCAUAUCAAGUUUUAUGAUGAAGAAUUCAGGCUUCUCAUUUGCUACAGCGACUUCAACCUGGACGCUAUUGUUUCCAUUUCCUUUUCCAAAGAGUGCACAGAGGCAUACCUGGAGGUUUGCGCUGUGGGGGCAAAGCCUUUACUAAUCAGGAACUUUGUUGUGUCCACAGUCAGUUCCACAGUAGUACACGUGAAUACACAGAAAGGCAUCCCUCAAAUCCUUCUGCAGGAGAACUGCGAGCCUCUACAUGCAGUGGCCUGCCACCCCACACAGCCAGCUCUAGCCAUGGGCAAUCAAAGGGGUAUUUUAAAACUGUGGGACUAUAACAACAAAGUGAUGAUCUGCAGCAGGGUCUUCACGACAGAGAAGCAGAUUCAGUGUAUCACUUUUGACCCUCAAGGAUUAUACAUGGCAGUUGGCUUCGGCAGUGGAGCUGUUCACAUACUGAAUCCCACCACUUUACAAAGUGAUCCAGAGGAGUGUUUCCAUUACGCUAAAGACAGCAUCCAUCACAUCACUUUCUCUUCUGACUCAAAGUAUCUUGCCACUGCGGAUGCUGGAAAAGCAGUGACGGUGUUCCGCUUGCAGACCAAUGAAGACUCUUUGCCUCGCUGGACGUAUGUAGGCAGAUACCGCUCCCACUUCAAGCCCAUCAAAGACCUCCUUUUUGGGGUUCACCUGGACAGCACCCAACCCAGACUGCUCUCUCUGGGAAUGGACCGCCGACUGGUGGAGUAUGACUUGGAAAACAGUGAUGUGAAUAAUCUUCUCAUCUUGAGCUCGGAGCAAAUCGAGCAAAGCGCCGUGCCAAUGUGCAUGACUUGGUAUCCUCCCCUCACCGCGGAGCAAUUUCUUCUCAUCGCCUCAGACCGAUACAAGAUGAAGCUUUUCAACAGCACUACCAAGAUGUGCAGAAAGACGCUUCUCGGUCCAACAUAUGGCUCUCCCAUCAAGAAAGUGGUGCUUCUUCCCAUGUCUAAAGAAGUUGAGACCAAUUCAUAUUACCUGGCGUACAUCACAGAGGACCAGGUGGGUCUCCAGAUUUUGCCUCUGGACGGGAACCCCUACAGAUCCAAUGCUUUGAUCUGCCACCCGACAGGGGUGUCUGCUGUUGCCUGCUCCCACGACGGCCGAUUUGUUUUCACUGCAGGAGGAUCUGACUGCACUGUCCUGUCGUGGGAGAUAAGCUUAAACGCGUUGGAGGCAGCAGCUGCCUUGGGAGGAAAGGACCUGUUGCCCUUUUACACUCUUUUAAAGGGAGGCAGAGAUGGCUUAUUCUACAGGGAGAUGGAGGAAUUUUUCUAUUACUGCCAAGUCCGCCAUCAAGGCACUGACUCAAUGGAGAAACGACAAACGUCUACCAAAAUCCCCCUGUCAGAGGUUCCCUCUUUAAUGAGAGCUGUGGCCUACUUCCCUACUGAGCAAGAGAUAGAAGAUAUGCAUAACGAGGUCAAGUUCAGCAAGUAUGCAGAAACAGGACAAUAUGUGACUGACAUCGACCUGGAGGAGUUUAUCAAGCUGUAUGUCAACCACCGACCAGCUUUCGGCAUCUCUAGCGAUGAGUUUGCUCAAGCUUUUCAUGUCCUUGGUCACUGUGAUAGUACAGAACGGCCUAUUCUGAAAAGACACGAGCUGCUAGAACUUCUACAGGUUCGAGGAGAACACAUGACGGAGGAAGAGGUGACAGAGUGUUUCACAACACUUUUAGGUCUCAAAGAAGAGGAAGAAGAAGGAGUAGGGGGAGGUUCUGAGCAAGACAAAUCUGACAGUGGAGACUUUUCACUGGAGUGUGCGAUCCCAGAUGAGAUUUCUGUGGAGACGUUUACAAGUCACAUCCUGGGCUUCCCAUUCUCGGCAGAGCAGCGUGGAAGGUCUUCCCCUCCAGAGUGAUGAAGGCAAUGAACUGUCGGAUAGUCUAAGAGAAGUUGUGUUGAUGGCGAGCCUCAGACUCUCUUUCCAUAACUAGCCUAACAGAGAUGCUGGAUUUUUUAUGUAUUUGAAUUCAAAAUGUGAUCGAAAACAUUAAGUUAGAUCCUCAUGUCCAGCUUUGUCAAACACUAUAUGAAAUUAAACACAUACAAACAUAUAAAAUGUAUUUAAUGAGUGUCCCGGUAGCUCACUGGGUAGAGUACGUACCACAUAUCAAGGCUGAGGUUCCUCAUGGUUUGAAUCCAAUUGUUACUAUACAA